AUGUACCUGAAUAUACUUGACUUUUAUUCCUUCUCUUGGCAGGUCUUGGCAGAAAACCUCACCGUGAUCACUGAGUUCCUGUUGCUGGGUUUUUCAAGCCUUGGUGAAGUUCAGCAUGCCCUCUUUGUGGGUUUUCUAUUUUUGUAUCUCAUCAUAUUGAGUGGCAAUGCCACCAUCAUCAGUGUCAUCCGCUUGGAUCGAAGCCUCCACACACCAAUGUACUUCUUCUUGGGCAUUCUCUCAACCUCUGAGACCUUCUACACUUUUGUUAUCCUACCCAAGAUGCUAAUCAAUUUACUUUCUGUGGCAAGGACAAUAUCCUUCACCUGUUGUGCUAUUCAAAUGUUCUUCUUCCUUGGUUUUGCUGUUACCAACUGCCUGCUAUUAGGUGUGAUGGGUUAUGAUCGCUAUGCUGCCAUUUGUCACCCUUUGCAUUAUCCCAUCCUUAUGAGUUGGCAGGUGUGUGGGAAAAUGGCAACUGCCUGUGGGGUUGGAGGCUUUUUGGUCUCACUUACAGUUGUAAAUUUAGUUUUCAGCCUGCCUUUCUGUAGUGCCAAUAAGGUCAACCAUUACUUCUGUGACAUCUCCCCAGUCAUUCGUUUGGCUUGCACCAAUACAGAUGUUCAUGAAUUUGUCAUAUUUAUCUGUGGGGUUCUUGUACUUGUGGUCCCCUUUUUCUGCAUAUGUGUUUCUUAUCUCUGCAUUCUGAGGACUAUCCUGAAGAUUCCCUCAGCUGAGGGGCGGAGGAAAGCCUUUUCCACCUGUGCCUCUCAUCUCACUGUUGUCAUUGUUCACUAUGGUUGUGCUUCCUUCAUCUAUCUGAGGCCUACGGCAAACUAUGUGUCAAACAAGGACAGGCUGGUAACGGUGACAUAUACUAUUGUCACCCCAUUACUAAACCCCAUGGUUUAUAGCCUCAGAAACAAGGAUGUCCAACUUGCUAUCAAAAAAGUGUUGGGCAAGAAAGGAUCUCUAAAAUUAUAUAAUUAA